AUGGCCGGUGAUGAAGAGAGUUCUGCACAUCAUGAGGUAAGAAAGCCACUCGUGGGUGGUGGCAAAGGGGAUCAAUGGAUGGUUUACCUGAGCACAUUCGUAGCCGUUUGCGGUUCUUAUGAAUUUGGAUGCUGUGUGGGUUAUUCAUCUCCUACCCAGUCAGCCAUUAGGAAAGAUCUCAAUUUAACAUUAGCAGAGUUUUCAAUGUUCGGUUCCAUCUUGACAUUUGGUGCAAUGAUAGGUGCAAUCACAAUUGGGCCGAUCACUGAUCUUAUUGGUCGAAAAGGGGCUUUGAGAUUUUCCAGUAUUGUCUGUGUUGCAGGUUGGCUGGCCAUUUACUUUUCCAAGGGAGCUGUGGUUCUGGACAUUGGGAGAAUGGCAAAAGGAUAUGGAAUGGGAGCCUUUUCAUAUGUGGUACCUGUUUUUGUUGCUGAAAUUGCACCCAAACAUCUUCGAGGAACUUUGACUGCUUUGAAUCAGUUAAUGAUCGUUGCUGGAGUGUCAGUGUCCUUCGUAAUUGGGAUAGUAGUCAGCUGGAGGACUUUAGCAUUAAUUGGACUCAUUCCAUGUGCUGUGACCAUUUUUGGUCUAUUUUUCAUUCCUGAGUCUCCAAGAUGGUUGGCAAAGACAGGAAACCAAAAAGAUUUUGAAGAUGCACUGCAGAAACUUCGUGGCAGAGACGCUGACAUAUCUCAAGAAGCAGAAGAAAUCCAGGAUUAUAUAGCAACUCUUGACCGGCUUCCUAAAGCCAAAUUGCUGGACCUGUUUGAAAGGAGAUACUCACGUUCUGUCAUUAUAUCAGUUGGCUUGAUGAUCUGUCAACAAUUGGGAGGCAUCAAUGGGGUUUGUUUCUAUGUCAGCAACAUUCUUGAGCAAGCAGGAUUUUCUCCUAGCAUGGGAACUAUAAUCUACGCUGUUCUUCAGGUUGUGGUUACUGGCAUUGGUGCAGCCAUAAUGGAUAAAGCUGGAAGAAAGCCUCUUAUUUUGACUUCUGCAACAGGGUUGUUACUUGGCUGCAUCCUGACUGCCAUAUCAUUCUUUCUCAAGGUUCAUCAACUGACACCCAAGGCAGUUCCCAUACUUGCAGUAACUGGCAUACUGGUAUUCAUAGGAUCCUUUUCAAUAGGAAUGGGAGCAGUCCCGUGGGUUAUAAUGUCAGAGAUUUUUCCUAUAAAUAUUAAAGGACAGGCAGGAAGCUUUGCAACUCUAGUGAACUGGUUUGGUGCAUGGUUGUGCUCCUAUACUUUCAACUUUCUUAUGACUUGGAGCUCUUACGGUACCUUCAUUCUGUACGCAGUAAUCAAUGCUCUGGCCAUCAUGUUCAUAGUUGUGAUGGUACCUGAGACAAAGGGUAGAACCCUGGAACAAAUCCAAGCAUCUAUUAACAAGUAAAGAGUUGGUGGAACAAUGAUAGAUGAACAAAAGAACAUGUAUUGAGUAACAGUCGAUUAAUCUAUGUGUGACAGAACUAGUGUUUCAAUUGUUAUAACUUAAACGAACUGUUAUAUAUUAUCUUUUUCUUUCUUUACCUGGGCAGCUGAUACUACUCUAAAUGUAGAUUACGGAUACCUCUUACAAAGAAAUUCAAGUCAACCUGAA